AUGACAACCUGGGGAGAUGGAGCUGUCCACGACACUCGACAUGUGGGAGGUUACAUGACCCUACUACAGUGUUGGAUUUACGAGCACUUCCCUAGGAUCUAUAAGCCGGGUGAUAGAGGAGCGGUUCCUGCGCAUCUUCCAAGAGCAUGUAGGUGGACUGCAAAACAUGCUUUUGAAGGUGGAUUGAUGGCAUAUCAUUGGAGGCUUGAUGCGUUGUUGCUUGGGGAUGUAGUGUUUACACCAUAUGAUGAUGAUCGAGCUAAUCAUCCGUUUGUAUCGAUUUCGGUGUUUUCUAGAUAUCUUCGAUGUGGUGGAGUCUCAGUCCCAUAUUUGCCAGAACGAUGUCUUCGACAGUUUGGUCGUAUUCAGUGCAUUCCGCGUGACGUUCCUCCGAUGUCGGACAGUAUAGAUUGGGUCUGGCAGAGUACUAUGAGAUCAUCUGUAGAGACCUUUUGGAGACUAUAUCCUGUUGCGACUUUUCUGGGAGAGGUCACUGUAGACUAUUAUGCAUGGUACAUUAGUGUUUCACAUCCUCAGAGUCUCCCUCCAUCCACUGUUGCACCUUCGAGUCCACAUACUACUGUUGUUGCAUGA